AUGACUGGAGUUUUGUUGGGUAUCUUCGAUGGAUACAUGCCCCUAGAACGAAAUGCUUUGACAUCCGAGACAAAAAUUGGCGGUACACCCACAUUCUUUCCAACUCUAUCUGAUGCCCAGUGUGCCACUAUACGAGGAUGGACAACAUGCGGCGUAUGUGGACACCCAAUGUUUCUUCUUUUACAGGCAUUUAGUCCGUUACCAUCAGCAUCUGCUUUGCAUCAUCGGAUGAUUUACAUUUUUUGUUGCAACUCUGCUGCUUGUGUAAGGCAACCAUCCGCUAGUUGGUGUGCUUUUGCUCUUCAACUGGACGCUGUGGAUGAAUCAGCUUUACAAGAUGAACAACUCGAAGAUGUUUUUCAGGGUGACCCUUUGCUACCAUCUGAAUUGCCACCCAAUGCUUUCCCACCGUGUUUUGUGGAUAUCAUUCCUGAACCGAAAAAAGAAAUUAUAGUUCCAUCUGAUCUAGAGACAGAAUUGAUUCGCAAUUCCGAAAAAAAUGCUCAAAAAGCCGGUAUUACUGAGGCUGAUGUGAAGGAAUUAGAAAACACAAUUGAUUUGAGGGAUAAACCCUCUGACUAUGAGUUUGAAAAGUUUCGAAGAAGGAUAGCGAGGGAACCCAAACAGGUUCUUCGUUAUUAUGUGCGGGACCAGUUAGGCAAACAAGAAAAUGGUCUGCCAGUACCCACCGCUUCCCCACUUUUCAUGAAUCCUGGAGCUGUGCGGGAUAGUGUUCGAAUUCCAUCGUGUAGCAGUUGUGGAGCGGCUCUCACUCACGAAUUACAACUCAUGCCCACCUGCGUGUAUUAUUUACGUGUUGGGGAAUAUCUAGCACCUGGCCAAUCAAAAGGGGAUGAUGGAGUUGACUGGGGUUCGGUAACAGUCUACGUGUGUUCCAAGGAUUGUUCGAAAGACAUUAAUGGUGUAGUUUUACUCAAGGCGUUUGUGCUUGUUGAAAAGGCCCCAGAGCUUGAGGAUGAGGAGAAGGGGGCAAAUGGACGAAAGAGCCUUCGCUCCAUUAUAGAUUGUUCAUGA